AUGAAUUCCCCGGCGGCGGUCAAUCGACCGCUCCGAUUCUCUCCGGCAACCAUUUUUCAGAACCCUAGAAGAAUCAGAAUCAGAAGCAUCAGAUUACCUCACCAGUUGGAUGAAUCGUCGUCUUGUUGUACUAUAUCGACUCUCACCUCCUCUAAAAGAAUAGAAUCUCAACACCACGGAUACAGAGUUUGGAGUACUUCUCGUUUGCUGCGAAAACCUAGGGUUUCUUCAGACGAUGCUCAGCCUAGUGUUCCUUUUUAUGAAUCUGAGGUCUCGGAGCCUAGUUUCCUUGAGUUUAUUACUUCCGAGAGAGUUAAAGUUGUUGCAAUGGUGGCUUUGGCGUUGGCACUCUGUAAUGCAGAUCGUGUUGUGAUGUCUGUGGCUGUAGUUCCCUUGUCUCAGUCUCGUGGCUGGAGUCAAUCCUUCGCUGGUGUUGUUCAGUCAUCAUUCCUCUGGGGAUAUCUGAUAUCACCAAUUGCUGGAGGAACUCUAGUGGACUAUUAUGGUGGCAAAGUAGUGAUGGCAUGUGGUGUAGCUUUAUGGUCAAUGGCUACAUUUCUCACUCCAUGGGCUGCUGAAAAUUCUCUUUGGGCACUACUUAGCAUGCGUGCUUUACUUGGAGUUGCAGAAGGUGUAGCACUUCCAUGCAUGAACAACAUGAUAGCAAGAUGGUUUCCACAAACCGAAAGAUCAAGAGCUGUUGGGCUUGCAAUGGCUGGAUUUCAACUCGGAAGUGCAAUUGGACUCACACUUUCUCCUAUUUUAAUGUCACAAGGUGGUGUAGGAGGCCCUUUUAUAAUAUUUGGAUUAUCUGGAUUUCUUUGGGUUUUGGUGUGGGUGUCUGCAACUUCUAGCACACCUGAACGAAGUCCUCAGAUAUCAAAAUACGAGUUACAAUAUAUACAAAGCAAGAGGAAGAAAUCCAUCAAGGAUGAAACUAGUCAAACAAAGUCAACCAAAAUAAUCCCACCCUUCAGACGUUUGCUCUCUAAACUCCCAACUUGGUCCCUCAUUAUUGCAAAUUCCAUGCAUAGCUGGGGAUUCUUUGUUAUUCUUUCAUGGAUGCCUAUUUACUUCAAAACAAUUUACCAUGUUGACCUUCGACAAGCAGCAUGGUUUAGUGCUGUUCCAUGGAGUAUGAUGGCAUUCGUAGGUUACUUUGCUGGUGUUUUCUCUGACAAUUUGAUUCAAAGUGGUAUGACUGUCACUUUGACUCGAAAAAUCAUGCAGUCAAUUGGUUUCAUGGGACCUGGUUUUGCUCUUAUUGGUUUAAUUAUGGCGAAAAGUCCGGUUGUUGCUUCUGCUUGGCUUACAUUAGCAGUGGGCCUAAAAUCAUUUAGUCACUGUGGUUUCCUAGUCAACCUUCAGGAAAUUGCUCCACAGUAUUCGGGUGUUCUACAUGGUAUGUCAAAUACUGCAGGGACAUUGGCUGCUAUAAUUGGGACAGUUGGGGCUGGUUUUUUUGUUGAGUUGGUGGGUUCUUUUCAGGGCUUUCUGUUGCUUACGUCAUUUUUGUAUUUCUCAGCUGCUUUGUUUUGGAAUAUCUAUUCCACUGGUGAAAGGGUGAAUUUUGAUGAAGCUACUUAAUUAGCUCCUUUUUUGGGGGGACGUAAUCAUGUUGUAGAUAUGAUGUUUUCUAUGUGGUUAUGUAAGAUCAAUGUAACAUCUUUGUAGUUUAUACAUGUGAAUCGAGAAGGAAUUGUGAUUACAAUUUACAAACAUGUUAGGCCUUCAUUUCUCAUCUCCAUUCAGAUACUAUUAUCCUUGAUUGGACACUCUUGAAAUUGAAUUUUUGGUUCUCCUUUCAGGCAUAUUUUAUAAUUUAUAUGAUAAGAA